UUCUUCUUCACUUAAUAUUUCCUUCCAUUUUCUUUGCAGCACAGAAAGUUGAUACGAAGGAAGAAAAUGUCAAAAAAUCCUUCACAUUUCUUGAAGGUUGAGACACGUGUUCUUAAAGUACACGUUGAUUGUCAAGGUUGCCUCCAGAGAGUAAGAAAACUUCUCAACAGGAUUGAAGGAGUUUAUAAGAUAGACAUAAAUUGUGAACAACAAAAGGUCACAGUGACGGGCAAUGUGGAUUCAACCAUUUUGAUAAAGAAGCUUAAAAAAUUAGGUAAGCAUGCUGAACUUUGGCCUUCAACUUCCAAACAUGGUGAAGGUGAAGAAUCAAACCUAAGAAAAUACAUAGACAACCAGAUGAAAGAUGCAACAGACCCAUACUAUACCUUCCAAAAUCAGCACAUGCUUCCUAUACUUAAUAGAGAAUUCAACAAUCGGUCGCUAUUUGAACGUUACCUCGAUCAAGAAAGUGGCAUGUCCAACAGUUUCCGGUAUCAUCCAGUCACUACAACUGCAGCACAGAAGGCAAGAGCUGUCUAUGAUAAUGAAAAGCUGGGAAACCAGAUGAUAUCCAUGGCUCAUAAUGUAGGCAUUCAAGAUUUUCAGUUUGACGGGGUUCCAGAUAAUACAUGUGUUCGAGACUAUCGAUUUGGCAUCUUUCCAGAUUUCCCUUAUGCUUGACUGAUACAUGAGAAUGAUCGAACAUUAAAGGCAAUUAUGAGAAGCAAACAACCAACAGAAUAGUAAGACAUACUAUAUCAGGAGUGUGUUUAAUCAAAGGUGCUAGUUUAGGUCUUCAUUUUAAUAUGCAUGUUGACAGUAUUUCAUUAACUGUUUAGACAGAUAAUGUUCUUUCACUUCAACUACUUCAUACCUUUAUCGAACUUAGCUGCUUAUAAUAGUGAGAUGUUUGGUAUUGAACUUUCAUGAGCAUGGGAUGCCAAGAAAUAGUUUUGGUAAAAAGUGUAUGGAAUGGUUAGAGAUACUCUCAAGGUUUUAGGUUCAA